AGAAUAGACCAAAUAAAGAAUAUUAUUGGUCCAUUAAACAAAGAUUUUAACGAUGAGUUACUUGCAAUGGGUGCAAAAUACUUAAAUGAUCAACACUUUAAAAUCCCAGAUGACGUUGCCAAAUUCAUUAACACAACUAUACUGAAAAAUCGUUUUUAUUCAAAUGACAAGCCAAAAAACAAAAAACAAAACAAAACAAAAAAUAACAAAAAAUUACCCGAAAAGAAAGAACUUACCCAAGAAGAAAGGGGGAAAUUGGAGUAUUUAAUGAAACAAAUGGACAUUAUUUCGAAAUGGGAAAAUCCGAACAAUGAACAAUUAUUUUAUCACAUAAAACAAGUUAUAUUCUUUACGAAUUCGAUGCAAUUUUUGUUCGAAGGGGUACUUUCUGAAUUACCAUGGCGUCAGUUCAUAUUUUAUCUUCAGCAAUACAUUAAGUAUUUCACUUCAAGAGAUGAGAUUCAUUUAUAUCAAAUUGGACUUAUAUCACAAGAAAUACUCACUAACAUUAUUGAAGUAUUUCGACAGUAUCUGGAAAAAGUAAAGAAUCAAACAAAACUAUCAAAAAUUAUGUUAGGUGAAGAACAUACAGACAAAAUUAAGUACUUUAAAGAGAUAUAUCAUGAAAUAAGGGAUGUAUACGUGUUGUACAGAAUUUGUCAUUAUGUUGAAUCAUACCCGAAAGGGAAUGUCUUAAUCAUAUUACGAAUACUACAAGUAAUUGGUGAAUGUCUAAAGGAAACUGAUAAAACAACGAAUGCUUCUGAAGAUUUAAUAAAAUGUAUUAAAAAGUAUAUUUUACCUCCUGAACACGUUGAUAUACUUUAUGAAUUUAGAGAAACAAUAUCUCAUUUAACAAGUAUUCCUGAUAAAAUGAUUGAUAAAAUAUUCAUUGAAAAUUAUAUAAACAAGAUAGCAAACACUUUCUACGGUAUUAAAUUAAAUUUCAUAUACAAGAAAUAUGAGGGCAUCAAACAAUUUAUAAAAGAUUCAAAUAAAAUUGGAGAUUUGCCAAAUUUCUAUAAAGUAACACAUAAAAAUCUCAUUGAUGAAAUUUUGAGCCAGAGACCUCCAGAACUAUGCGAAGAAGAAGUAGAUAUUAAAAAAUUAAAAGACGACAUUCCUGAUUCAAGUAUGACUGAAUACAAAGAUUUGUUAAAGUCUCUGCGUGAAUCCCAAACACCUACCGAUUGCUAUAUGGAAAUGGAAUUAAAGCUUAUGAUUAUAUUAGAAAACUUAUGGGAACAAAAGAGACUAAACAAUAAUUUCGAAUGGUUUCAAGAGAUGUAUCCCACUUUAACUGGUCGAAAACUAAGAAAUCAUCUGGCUCAUGGAGAUCCCAUUGUUGAUUUAUUGGGUUUGAAUGAAGAAAUGGCAGUCAGAGACACUGCAAAACUGCUUACUGGUGAAAUUGACAUCAGUGACCCAUCUGAACUUGUAAUAGAGAAAAUAACAAAAGUGCUGAAAGGGGAUCAGCUGAAAGAAAUAGAUAAAAUUCAACUAAACAAAAUCAAGGCAAUGGAAAAUCUUUUUGAACGUAUUAUCGAUGGUGAUUUAGAACUAGUUAAAAAAUUGUUAUAUUAUAUUCAAAAUAAAUGGGUAGACUGGCGAGACAAGAACGGACACAAUGUACUUGAAAUGACUGCACAAAACAAAAAGGACAAUGUAUAUCUGUUUGAUUUUAUUUUGAAGAAAAAUCCAAACUUUAUAAACGAUAUCAAUAAAUAUGGCAAUUCAAUUUUUCAAAUUGCCAAUAUGGCUGGUAAUACUAAUAUCACAAAGUACAUUUUGGAGAAAAUUAUUAUGGCCAACCUUAACAAAUUCGUGAAUGAAUUGUGCAUUAGAACAGAUACCAUAGAGCCACAGCAACAAAAUGUUUGGAAGAUAAUUGCUUAUUAUGUAAUAUGCCUGAAUGAUGAAAAAGCCUUGAAUCAAAUAAUCAAAUUAUUUUACUACAAUGUACCUGAUUUCCAAUUAGACAACAAUUUGAAUACAUAUCUGCAUAUUGCAUGUAUACAUGGAGCAGAAAAAGUAGUGCAAUAUCUGAUUAAGAUUGGGUCUAAUUUAAAUUGUCUCAACAUUCACAAAGAUACUCCACUGUCACUGGCAAUCCAACAUAAACGUGAUAAUAUCAUCCAACUACUAUUAAAUAAGGGCGCAACUGGGUUUAAAGUAAAUAAUAUUACUGAAAGUAAUAAAAUACUAUUUAAUGCUCAAAAUGGCCGUAACUGUUUGCAUUUUGCUGUUGAAAGCAACAAUCCUGACAUGGUUCAACGCAUAUAUGAUGUGUUUCCGCAUUUAUUAGUCACAUACGAUUUGCAAUUAAUUACACCAUUAAACUUGGUUAUAAGCAAUAAUAAUGAAACCCUACUUAAAUACAUAUUAUAUUUGGUUUUCAUAGAAUAUAGUGGCAAAGAUAAUGUGCAAAGUGAACUUUUCAAACAUGUUGUUAAGACAUUGAUGAAAACAAGCAAUGAUAAAAUUGCUGAAGUUGUAUUGAACAAGGUUUUACAAGUAAUGAAUAUGAACUCCAAAGAUAAGAUUUUCAAUUAUUGGAUAAUUAACUUGGUGAACCAUUAUUUCAAAACUAUAAAUGAAUAUGGUACAGAUAAAGUUGAGGGAUGCCUUAAUUUGGUGAAAAAUGGAAUUGAGAACUUUACGGAGGAACAAAUAAUUGAACAAUGCUUAUUAUUAUUUGUAAAUAUUUUCAUCAAUAAUUCACAAUGGGAGAAAAAUGAUAUUUCGGCUACUUUAAAUUUUUUUUUGAAAGAAGCUAAAAAUUGCAAUAAAUUGUUUAGUUUGGAGAAGUUGAAUAAUCAAUUUGAUUCUGCAAAUUUUGGUAACAUCGCAGAUUUCAAGUAUGAACUUAUGUCAGAGCAUAUUGUGCUUGCAAUGGAAAAUGACAAAAGCGAUGCCGAUAUACAAUAUUAUGCAUUCAAACUGCUAAACCUACUGAUUGAUAAUAACAAACAUCCAGACAUUGAUCAAUCAUUGAUUCGUAAAUCGUUGCUGAAUUUAAUUUCAGCCUAUAGUAAUGACGACUACGCAAUAUCUCUUUGCGCAAAAGUAUAUGCAGAGUACUAUAUCACUAGUCCUCAAAUAACACUUCAAAAUAUCGAUGGGACAAUAAAGUCCAAAUUGGAGCAAUUGGAUAUUGAAACGAGAUUUGAGGAUAAGUUGCGAUAUUAUAUGAUGAGUAUUGAUUAGAUAUUAUAAACUACGUUAUAAGAAAUUCAAUAGAUAAUUAUAAAUUAGGAAAUGUGAUUUGUUCAGUUUGACGCCCCAUUUCGUACACCAAGCAUUAAUUUUGUUCUUUCUCUACCCAAAAGAUACGCAUUUCAGUUAUUGGAUAAUUAACUUGGUGAACCAUUAUUUCAAAACUAUAAAUGAAUAUGAUACAGAUAAAGUUAAGGGAUGUCUUGAUUUGGUGAAAAAUGAAAUUGGGAACUUUACGGAGAAUAAAAUCAUUGAAGAAUGCUUAUUAUUAUUUGUAAAUAUUUUCAUCAAUAAUUCACAGUGGAAGGAUAAUCAUAUAUUGGAUAUCUUUAAUUAUGUCUUGGAAGAAGUUAAAAAUGGAACUACUACAAAUUGGAAUAAAAUUGGAGAUUGUAAGUAUACAAUGAUGAUGUCAAUGCAGGAGAAAAUAACGUCAGCGUCUCCAGACUGCGCAUAGUAUGGAUUGUAAUAAUCAUCUAAUAACUCUCAGGAAACCGAUAAAUCUAUUGAUAAAUGAUAACAAAAAUUGCUGAAUUUUACUCCCGCUUUAAACUAAACGUAUGUUAUUAGCUAAAUACUUUAUCACUAGUUUUUAGAAAAGAAUGUUUUGUUAUCAAACUAAAUGUUAAUGUGGCUAUAUAUUAUUUAGAAAUUCAACAGACACUUCAAAAUAUCAAAAAGACGAUACAUUAUGUAUUGAAUUCAUUGCAUGAUGAAAAAAUAAUAAUAUCGCCAUUUUUGCUUAAAUUAAGGUCUUAUAUUUAAAACAUUGAUUACUUCCUCCAUAAAAAGCAAUAUCCGUUUAUAUUCUCUAAAAUUAUCAAAUUUGCUAUGUAUAAAAUUGUAAGAAAUUGACAAGGGUUUGUAUUGAUAUCCCAAAACAUUUGAAAUAAAAAAAACUGCUUAGUAGUCA